UAAAGUUUAACAAAAUAUAGCGGCCCCUCAAUUUCGAACCUGUUCCCUCCACUUUCAAGAUUCAAACUUGUUAUAAUCCAUUCGAAAAGGCAGUAAAAAACCGGAUAACAAAGCAAUUUCUUCAGUUAAGUUUUGCUGAAUUCUCGAUGGAUCUUCAUCCUACACCGUUUCCAGUUAUAAUAGCAGGCAAGGAUCAGGCUACAAAAGUGAAAUCGAACAAAAAAGUAUCCAAAGCAACGAAAAUGAGUAAGGGGCCAGGGCCACCCUCUUUGAGACAAAACCGAAUCUUUGGAACUGCUCGGAAUCCAAAUAUAACUUCGAAGCCAGUGCCUGAAAAGCCUACAACAAAACCCUCAUCCAUGGUGCUCCAAAAGACUGCGAAACCAUUGCGCAAAACCCAAUCACCUAUUGAUGUCCAGGCCAUUCCGGAGACGGUGUCUACCAAGAAUUCUGCAGAGAAACCGUCUCUGAAGAAUUCUGCAGAGAAAAACAGGACAAGGCCGAAGAAAAAAAGCGUGUCAUUUCAAGACAAAAAUGAAAAGAAUUUGGCGAAGGGAGAUCUUUUGGAGCCUCAAACUCCAGUUAGAUCGCCUUCUCUAGUCAAGCCUAGGCUUUCUGGCACGCCUUAUCACAGUGCCGAGAGGUGCAGCAAAUGUAGGUUCGAUCGACUCGAGACUUCAUCGUACUGGGUUGGUCAGAUCAAAUUGGCAGAGUCCGCUGGGAAACACUUUGUUACGGCUGCUUUCUUCCGGUUGGCCCUCGAGUCGAAAGCAGAGCCCUUUCGCAACCUGCGAGUUGAACUUAAAAAAUAUUUGGUACGACACGAGUACUUAUCUGAGGACGAGGAAUGGAGAAACCUGUCAGUUAACUAUGGGCUACUAAAGGAAGAAAGCAAUGCAGGUGAGGAAAAUGAGAAGGCAUGUGCAAAUGAAGAGUCUGCAAGUGUACAAGAUGAAGAGAAGGAUUUGCAGAAAGAAAUUUGCCAAGAAUGUGAGAUUGAAAGCCUUUUUAAUUGUGAUAACAAAUAGUAUCAGAAAGCUUUUUUGCUUUCAAAUUGUGAUAAAUGUUAGAAUACGAGAAUGAUAUUUAUUUGGUUACAGAAAACAUCCUUUGCUGCAGUCGAAUUCCAGAAUCAUUGUUUAUUGACAAA